AUGUCGUCAUCUCCGCCACCACCACCCUCGCCUCCCACCGAGAUCCUAGCCGCAACGGCGUCGAAACCCGCUUCCCCUCCCAAAAAACCCGCGCCUCUCCCCUGGUCCCAUCCGGAAACCCUAGCUCUAAUCCAAGCUUACCAGGAUAAAUGGUACUCCGUCAAGAAAGGCCCGCUCAAAUCCUCUCAGUGGGAGGAAAUCGCGGUAGCCGUCGCCGCCCGCUGCGGCCUCGACGAACCCUCGAGAACCUCCACUCAGUGCCGCCACAAGAUUGAGAAGCUCAGGAAACGGUAUCGUUCCGACCUUCGGAAGCCCUACCCCAACUCGUGGCCGUAUUUCGAGCUCAUGGAUCAACUGGAGCGCGGGCCCAUGCCCCUCAAUGCGCGUCCAAUUGCGAUCCACAAGGCUUCUCCCCCUAAUUACGCCAAUAACGGUAAUAAUUAUGUUAAUUAUGAUCUAGGUCGCUCUGGUUAUUUUGAUAGAAAUAUUCAUCCUUCUGCGGAUUCUGACGAGAGUGAUGAGGAAUGGAACAAGGGCUAUGGUUUGGGAACAGCCAAGAAAAAUAAGUCAUGGAGUAUUGAUAAUAAUACUGCCCCUCGUUUGAGUGGGAGGAGAGUGGCCGCUGUGAAUGGAAAACGAAAGAGCAAAUAUUAUGAUGAUGAUGAUGACGAUAGUGAAGAUGAUGAUGAGGGUGAUUUGAAUGCAAAGGAAUGGGAAGAUGGUGGUGGUGGGGAAAGGGAACUGGCUGCAGAAAUCAGGGGUUUUGCAGAGAGGUUUAUGCAAAUGGAGAAUAAGAAGAUUGAGAUGAUGAGAGAAACAGAGAGGUGUUGGAUGGAGAUGGAGAAAAAAAAGAUGGAUAUGAUUCUCGAGAAUCAUAGGAAGAUUAUGAGUUGUAUUGGGAGUGCGUUUGGUGCUCGUAAGAAACCCAAUAUGGCCCAAGAAACUUGA